AUGUCGCCCAUACCAACGCUGCAGCGAAUCUCAUUCCAUUCAAUAAUCUCAACCACUCUGUUAUUCUGCUGCAACACUAGACCAUCUCAAACGCAAGAACUUGAGUGCUACAAUGACAGAAUGUUCAGCACGGAUAGGCACGUAUUCCUUGAUUUCCAUAACGAUGGCCGUCAACGAGUUGCUAGUGGAAUAGAACCAAGUGUAAUAGGUGGAUUUCUUCCAGCAGCAUCAAAUAUGUACAAACUGCGGUGGUCAUGCUUAUUGGAAAACGAAAUGCACGAGCGACUAUCAAAAUGUCCUGCCGAGGUCCCACCGUUGAAAGGAUUUGGUCAGAACGUCAUGAUAUUGUAUGAGCGCGAGGGUACAUCCACAAUUCCCCUGAAAGAAGUCCGUGAGACCUUGAGAGAAUGGUGGAGUGAGUUGAAUAUAAAUGAAGACGUUGAAUCUAUCCCUUGGUACACAGACGAAGACCAUCACAACUUUGCCAACAUGAUUUUUGCCAAAAACACGGAAAUUGGCUGUUCCUAUGCAUCAUGUGAAGAGGACGAACGCAUUUUGAUCGGAUGUUUGUAUCGUAAAAAUGGCGCCGUUAUGGAUCAAGUUCUUUACAUGAUUGGACAACCCUGUAAGACAGAUUUUGAUUGUUCCACCUACAAUAAUUCAAAGUGCACAAAAGGAGGAUUAUGCAGAAAGGAACGUUUUCGAAUAUAA